AUGGCUGCAGACGAUUACCUUGGUCACCCCUCCUGUCCUACAUCACACGAUACCUUGGUCACCCCUCCUGGCGCUACAUCACAUCCAGCAGGUACUCCUCCCGGCGAUCCGACAUUGGAUCCUGCAGAUGAGCAGCAGCAUAGUUUUUUAUUUGUACACGGAGACGAAACUUCAGAGAAUUUGUAUAACAGCUUCGUUCAACAUGACCAGGACAGGACGCCUUCCGUGCAGCUCCUUGGACAGAAUUUGUCAAUCCGACCAAUUCAACAUGACCAGAACAGGAAACCCACAAUACAGCUUCAUGGACACAAUCAAUCCAUGCUGUUCAACAUGGAUAAGAACACGUCCCCCGCAAACCCUGCAAUUACAACCGUUCAACAUGAGCGGCUCAUGAGGGCCCUUAGGUCUCGAGAAGUACAUAGACACGACACUUCGAAGAGUUCUUAUAACAGCUUCGUUCAACAUGACCAGGAAAGGACGCCUUCCGUGCAGCUUCAUGGACGUUGUUUCUUGUUUUUGUAUUUGGGAUUCGAAGGAAUUUUUCAAUCCUGCCAGUUAAACAUGACCAGGAUAGGACGCCCACUGUACAGCUUCUUGGACAGAAUUUGUCAAUCCUACCAAAUGAACAUGACCAGAGCAGGAAACCCACAAUACAGCAUCCUGGACAGUAGUAAGCUCUCUUCACUCUCCUUCAUUUGUUUAUUGUUGCCUUCAAAAACAGGGUUUAAAAAUACUAAUCCUCGUUCUCGCUCACGAAGCAAUCAACCCAGGCAGUUCAACAUUGAUAAGAUUAUGUCCCUCGCAAACCCUGCAAUUAAAGCCGCUCAAUAUGAGUGGCUCACGGGAGCCCACGGGUCUCGAGAAGUACAUAGACAAGACACUUCGAAGUAUAUGGACAAGAAAUAAAGUUUCCUUCAACGAUUUAUUUUUGGCUUUUUUACUUGCUACUAGACAACCAUAAUUAUUAUUUUUAAAUUUAUUCGGUUCAUCAUUUUUUUUCAUCAAGGUUGCAAGUGAACUCUCUUCUGAUUGGUCAACUUUGGAAAUUAUUCAUGUAAUUUAAUUGCUUAUUAUUUUUUCCUUUGCGUAUUGUUAAGUGCUCAGCAUUUUAAGUGUAGUAAAUUAUGAAUUAACCCA